CUAUAUCCGGUCAAUUCUCCUUCAUCCAGAUAUCCACUAGUCGCCGCGUGUCAUCCUCAAGCCGCCCCGUGCUCUCUCAAUCCCUCCUGAGAAUUGCCCGUCAUCAACAUGAGGGUGCGUCGAUCGAGAGAGCUACUAGCCAUCUAGUCUAAUCUUCAUCUUCAUUGACCGUCGUUUCCAACCCCCCUUCCCUCGUCCCGUUCCUGCUCUGAUCGACUUUCCCUCUUUCUUCUUCCCUCCCCAAGAUGCCCGUGGGCUGGCCUUCUCCGCCUGCAGCUGGCACCUUGACCACUUUAGUAUCCUCUUCCCCCGGCGCCUAUCAUUCACACUCCCAAGACAGUCGGAGCGCCAGUAGCUCCAGUUGGCCAAGUCCGCCUCCCUCUGCUUCUUCUUUCCCUACUCCUCCUUCGUCUUCUCAUCACCAUCAUCACCCUUCUAUCCCCACCGGUACUGCUUCUCCGGUGCGCAGAAAGCCCCUCCCCCAGCAGCAUGCUUCUUCCCCUGUGAACUCUUCCCGCCAAUCUCGGCCUUCUUUGACGUCUCCCGUCACGCCAAUUGAUACCACUGCCACUACUCCUAUUACGGCAAUUACAGCUGCGGCUACUUCUUCUCCUGCGGCCAAGACAUCUACAGAGCCUCCACUGGCGGCCACCAAAGCCCUAUCCUCUCCUCCCGUCAUCAGAAGCAACCUUGCUGCUUCGCACUCUUACACACUCUCUUCUGGAUCAUCAGUGUAUGAAGAAGACACCCUUUUUGUACCUAAGGACCUAGACAGGUAUGACAGUGUUGGAUUCACGCUCGCCCUCCCGUGCUGCCUCCGGGGCUCGCCCCUCGCAUCCCCCCUUAAAUAGUCGCCUGUCUUCGCUUUCUUCCGUUUCUUCCGUUCCUCUCUAUCCGAGAUCCAAACUCAAUGUCAGAUGCCCCCCUUCGGACGCUAUAGGACUAACCUCGUGCUUCAAU